AUGUGCAUUGACUACCACAAGCUAAAUGAAGCCACAAGAAAGGACCAUUUUCCUUUGCCCUUCAUGGAUCAGAUGUUGGAAAGGCUUGCAGGUCAAGCAUACUACUGCUUUUUGGAUGGAUACUCAGGUUAUAACCAGAUUGCUGUGGACCCUAAAGACCAGGAGAAGACAACAUUCACAUGCCCUUUUGGUUUCUUUGCCUAUAGACGGAUGCCAUUUGGGUUAUGUAAUGCACCAGCCACAUUCCAAAGGUGCAUGCUGGCCAUUUUUUUAGACAUGGUGGAGAAAAGUAUUGAGGUAUUUAUGGACGACUUUUCAGUGUUUGGGCCCUCAUUUGAAAGCUGCUUGAAGAACUUGGAGAUGAUCCUGAAGACCAAGCUCAUGACGACACCAGAUUGGAGAAAAGAAUUUGAAUUAAUGUGCAUUGCUAGUGACUGUUGGGGCAUUGAUUUCAUGGGACCCCUUCCUUCUUCAUACAGGAAUAUCUAUAUCUUGGUGGCCGUAGACUACAUGUCCAAGUGGGUGGAAGCCAUAACCACUCCAAAAGAUGAUGCCAGGGUAGUGAUAAAGUUCUUAAAGAAAAAUAUUUUCUCCCGUUUUGGAGUCCCACAAGCCCUAAUCAGUGAUGGGGGAAAACACUUAUGCAACAAUCAAUUGAAGAAAGUCCUAGAGCAUUAUAAUGUUAGACAUAAGGUGGCUACACCUUAUCAUCCACAGAUGAAUGGCCAAGUAGAAAUUUCCAACAGAGAGCUUAAGCGAAUCCUUGAGAAGACUGUUCCAUCAUUAAGAAAGGAUUGGGCUUUGAAGCUAGAUGACGCUCUGUGGGCCUACAAGACUGCAUUCAAGACCCCCAUCGGAUUGUCCCUAUUUUAG